AUGACCAAACCCCACCCAACCCUCACCGAACAGCUCCAAACCACCUACGACGCCCUCCUCCGGAUCCUCUACACCCACACCGACGCGCAGGGCAUCUCGCACCGUCCCUACGGCCUCGAUUGGAUCUACUUCGAGCGCCUGAUGUACCGACUGCUGCUCCUGCAGGGGGUGGCGCGGCCCGGCGACCGCAUCGCCCACGACCCGUGGGUGCUGUUCCUGGACCGGUAUGCGCCGCGCUCGGUGCGCCGCUCCCCGAGCGAGGCCGGCCGCGUGGAGGUGGCGUUCUUCCCCAGCUCGAUUCUGCAGUCGCCUUCCUCCGGCUCUUCUCCCCGCUUGGUUUCUGGGGGUGUUGAGCAGGGUCGUCGCGGCGUCAAUGGCUACGCCAACGGCAACGACUAUACCGGCAGUAACGGCUACGCUAGCAGCAACGGCAAUGCCCCCAUCUACGGUGACAGCGCUGGACCUCGUCCUCGGGUGGACUCCAACGGCCACGUGCACUUCGAUCAUACGGCUGUGCAGCGGGACCCGAGUCAGAGACGGUCGCCUUCGAUCCCUAGGUACUUUCAAUGACUUUGCUUUUGGGGGGUGGGGUAAGUUUGAUACCUUUCAGGCA